AACAACACCGAUCGGGAAUGUUUAUGGAAAAAAGCCAAAAGGCGCUCUAGACGCUGUCACAAAACCCAACAAUGCCACGGACUUUCAAGCUCUCGCUAGAAUGACAGCAUGGCUCAAUUCAUCACACUGACUCUUCUGACCAUCACCAUGAUCGCGCUCUUGCUGCUGCCCACUGCCCUCAGUUUCAGGUCUGGAGAACGGCCCCCUAUUAAACUCUCCGACGUGGUUGGCCCAGGAUAUGACAACUUUCAACCCCCGAGGAUUGAAGGUAAACCAGCACAUGUGAGCAUUCAAAUCGAAAUUCUCAAUAUCAGAUCAGUCGAUGUAACCGUCAUGUCUUUCAUAGCGGACAUUUUCUUGUACAAGACGUGGAAAGACCCUCGGCUCCGCUAUCCGGCUUCCAAGAACCUGGAACAAGUGGCUCUUCACCCCGAUUGGAUAAAACACCUGUGGACACCCGAUAUUUAUUUCCACAACGCCAUAGAAGGAAAAGUUCUCACGACUGUUAUUCCGUACAUCUAUAUGUUUCUCAAGAAUGAUUCAACUGUUCUUUUCGGUGCAAGGCUUUCCCUCCAAUUUAGUUGUGACAUGCUGCUCCACAACUUUCCCCAUGACACUCAAACUUGUGAUAUUAUAGUAAAAAGUCUUACACACACUCUUUCGGAAAUGGAGUUGCACUGGAACGAAAAAGAUUCUAUUUCUGUGGGAGACUACAUUAUUCUGCCUCAGUUUGAAUUCUCUGAACCUCAUCCAGCCGCCUGUGAUGAAUACUUGUACGUAGGAAAGCACGGAUCUUUUGCUUGCUUACGUGGAGAAAUAAAACUGUCCCGCAGAGCUGGCUACUAUGUCAUCAACAUUUACAUUCCAACCAUUUUGAUUGUGUUCAUGUCGAUGCUGACCUUCUGGAUUCCCGUGGAUGCUGUGCCAGGGAGGGUGACACUGGGUGUUACCUCACUCUUAACCAUCAUCACCAAACAGUACCAGGCAUCGCUGCCGAGCGUUUCCUACGUGGUCGCACUCAACGUCUGGCUUUCAGUGUGCAUCGGAUUCGUCUUCUGCAGUCUUUUGGAGUAUGCGGCGGUUGUCGCGCUACUCAAUCAUAAAACACGACUGCAGAAUAAGGUUCGAGGGGAUGAACCCGAAGUUGGCGGAUGGAAGUGGGCUAAAAGUGUCUUUCAAUCGAGCGUCGAUAAAAUUGACGUACACAACAUCGAUAGACUUUGUCGAAUCAUAUUCCCUGUCAUUUUCUGUCUACAUUGUAUUACUUAUUACAGUUUAUAUGCUAAAUGA